CACUAAUCUUUAUCUUCAACUUUUCAAAUAAUCCAGCUUUAUUUUUUUUAUUACAGUAUAAAUUUCAGCAACAUUUUCGUAAAAUUAAAUUCCAAUCUCCUCACAAACCCAUAGCAGAAAAUAUAAUGAAUCUUCUACCACCAAAAGCUUUAUCAAAUAAUCCAUGCCUCCUCCUCUCUUUCCCUCUGACCAUCAUAGGACAGAGCCCUACAUGCAAGACCAAAUCAUACAUUAAACCCACAAAAUUGGACGUGACAGCAAAAAAAUGUGCAACAAUAAUGAACUCAGUCAGUCCUGCCCAUGACCAAAUCACCAUUCCAGAGAAAGCGCCCAUUAAAAAGCAGAGGAAGGCCGUCCUUCCCAAUUCUUGCCCUCUAACCCCGGUGGACUUCCUGGAAAGGGCAGCCACAGUGUACGGAGACUGCCCUUCGGUCGUGUACGACGACACGACUUAUACGUGGUCGGAGACGUACCGGCGGUGCUUGAGCGUGGCUUCGUCCCUCUCGUCGCUCGGGAUCAAGAGGGGCGAUGUCGUCUCCGUCUUGGCCCCGAAUGUGCCCGCCAUGUACGAGCUCCAUUUCGCGGCUCCCAUGGCGGGUGCGGUUCUGAACACGAUUAAUCUCCGGCUGGACGCCCGGACGGUUUCCGUUUUGCUCCUUCACAGCGAGUCGAAACUGGUGUUCGUGGACUACCAGUCGACUUCCUUGGUCCUUGAAGCCAUGUCUUUGUUCCCAUCCGCGGCUUUGUUCAAGCGUCCGAUUUUGGUUUACAUUAACGAGGAAGAGGAUGACAAUUACGGGGAGAGGUUCGGCAUUGACGGUAACGGUUUGUUUCAUGACUGUUACCGAGACAUGGUGCGAAGGGGUAGUGGUGGGUUCAGGUACGUGGGGCCGGAGAGCGAGUGGGACCCGAUAACGUUGAAUUACACUUCCGGCACCACUUCUUCUCCCAAAGGGGUACUCCACUCUCACCGCGGGGCGUUCACCGUCACCGUCUCCAGUUUGCUCCAUUGGUCCGUGCUGCCGCAGCCGGUCUACUUGUGGACGCUCCCCAUGUUUCAUGCCAACGGGUGGAGUUUUGCUUGGGCAAUGGCGGCUGUAGGAGGGACCAACAUUUGCCUCCGCCAACGAGUUGACGCGAGUCUGAUCUACCACGCGAUUGAAAAGCACGGGGUGACUCACUUCUGCGGCGUGCCGGCGGUGCUCAACAUGCUAGCCAAUCACGGGAACGCAAACCCGCUUCGCUCUCCGGUUCACGUCCUCACGGCCGGAGCUCCACCGCCCUCCCCCGUGCUAGGACGGGUUGAGUCCUUGGGGUUUCGGGUGACCCAUGGGUACGGUCUGACAGAGACAGGGGGGAUAGUGGUGACGUGCGCAUGGAAGCCCAAAUGGGAGAAACUUCCGCCUUCUGACAGGGCGGCGCUCAAGGCGAGGCAAGGAGUGAGGAGCAUCGGGUUUGGCGGGGUCGACGUGGUGUACGCGCACAACGGGGAGAGCGUGGAGCGAGACGGGAGCACGGUGGGGGAGAUUGUUUUAAGAGGCGGUAGCGUAAUGCUCGGCUACUUCAAAGACCCCGAAGGAACGUCGAAAUGCAUGAGAGACGACGGGUGGUUCUACACCGGCGAUGUCGGGGUGAUGCAUGAGGAUGGGUACAUAGAAGUCAAAGACAGAUCGAAGGACAUCAUCAUUUGCGGCGGAGAGAAUAUAAGCAGCGUGGAGGUGGAGUCCGUUCUCUACAUGCAUCCGGCGGUCGAUGAAGUGGCGGUGGUGGCGCGACCGGACAAGUUUUGGGGGGAAACGCCGUGGGCAUUCGUGAGUUUAAAGAGAGGGGCAGAGAAACCGACGGAGAGAGAGGUGAGGGAAUUCUGCAAGGAGCGGCUGCCGCUUUACACGGUGCCAAGAAGGGUGGUCUUCAGGGAGGCCCUCCCCAGGACGUCCACCGGCAAGAUUCAGAAGUUUUUACUUAGGGAUAUUGCAAGGAAAUUAAUGUAGGAAUAAAUAUAAUUUGACAUA